AUGAACGAAUUAGUAGUGUUUGAUACCUAUCAUGGAAGAUCAAUUAACGAUUGUGAAUUAGAUUAUUAUAGUAAGAAAUUAGCAACAUGUUCUAGUGAUAAUACAGUAAAAAUAUUUGACGUAAGUCUUUCUAAAGAACCAGUAUGUGUAGCUGAAUUAAAGGAUCAUAGUUCAGCUGUAUGGAAAGUAUGUUGGUCGCAUCCAAAAUAUGGAAGUUUAUUGGCUAGUUGUUCAUUUGAUAAGAAUGUGAUAAUAUAUAAAGAAGUGAAUAUAAAUAAAUAUGAGAUGAUAUAUAUAAAUAAUGAACAUGUGAGUAGUGUAAAUUAUAUUGAAUGGUCCCCUCAUGAAUAUGGUUUACAUUUGGGUUGUGCAAGUUCAGAUGGUACCAUAAGUAUUUUAUCUUAUUAUAUGAAUAAAGGUAGUAAUGAAGGUUAUUGGAAUAAAUAUAGUAUGAAAGCACAUCUGAAUGGUGUAGCAUGUAUAAGUUGGGAGAAACCAUAUAAUAAUAUUUUAUUAAUGAAUAAAAAUUUGAAUGAUAAUAAUAAUAAUAAUAAUAACAAUAACAACAACAACAACAAUAAUAAUAAUAACAAUAAUAAUAAUGAUGUAAUUAAUUCUUUUAAAUUAGUAUCUGGUGGAUUUGAUAAUCAGGUUAUAAUAUGGAUGUUUGACAAUAAUACAAAAGAGUUUCAAAAAAUAUACCAAAUGAAUGAUAAACCACAUAAAUCAAGUAUAAAAGAUGUAGCAUGGAAACCAAACUUGAAUAAUUCAGCAAACAUUAUUGCUUCAUGUUCUGAUGAAAAAAUUGUAAUAUUAUGGAUAGAAGAUGUAACAAAUAAUGUAUGGAAAAAUGGACAAAUCAUUAAAGUCAAAUAUAAUAUUCAUAAAAUAAGUUGGUCACCUAACGGAACCAUAUUAGCUAUUGCUUGUUCAGAUGAUAAUGCAUAUUUAUAUAAAGAAAAUGCUGAAGGAAUUUGGGAAGAAAUGUGUAACUUAACAGAAGAAAAUAAUAAUAUACAAGAUAAUAAUUCUAUGAAUAUGACGAACAAUGAACAAGAAAACCAUAAUGAAAAUAUGCUGAACAAUGAUAACAAUAAUAAUAUGAAUUAUACAGGAAAUGUAAAUGUAGAUUCUGCUUCAUAUAUGCAUGAUAAUACAAACGCAUCUAAUUUAAAUAUGAAUUAUACAAAUGGAUCUAAUUCAUUAAUGAAUCCAAAUAAUAAUUUAUCUCAUCAAGGACCAUAUCAAAAUAAAGAUACAUUUAAUAGAUCUUCACAAGGUAAUUUUGGAGCUUACCAUAAUUCGACACAACAACAACAACAUUCAAAUGUUAAUUCUACUGGAAGUCAAAUGAAUAAUGUACAGGCAGGUAAUACUGUCUCGAAUAAUGUAAUAAGUAAUUUUGCAAAUAAUAAUACAAACCAAAUGAAUGGACCACCUGGUCAAAUGAACGGACCACUUAGCCAAAUGAACGGACCACCUAGCCAAAUGAACGGACCACCUAGCCAAAUGAACGGACCACCCAGCCAAAUAACCGUACCUCCAACUCCACCUGCCUAUUUAACAAUGCAAAAUAAUAAAAAAAAUAACACAUCUAACCUUACACCUAAUAUGAAUAAUAUACCACCACCCACAGCUCCUCCCUUAGUAGUUAACAAUUCACAUGGUGCUUCAGGUCCAUAUGCUCCAUCAAACUUUUCACAACAACCGCAUGGUGUUUCGGCUCCCUUUGGUGUUCCAUCAUCCCCUCCAGCACAACAACAAGUAGGAGGGAGUGUUACAAAUAUGAGUGUAUCAUCAAAUGUAAAUAAUAACAAAUCUACUUUUGGAGGGCCUCCACCUCCCUUAUCUUCAACAAGUACCACACCUAUUAUUCCAGCAGUUGGUUCAGCGAAUUUCCCAAAAGCUUCUACAUCAUCAUUACAGCAACAGGUUCAUGGUCCCUUUCCAAAUGUGAAUAUGUCAAGAUCAAGUUUUGCAAUAAACUCUCAAAUGCCCCCAAGUUUUUUACAUCCUAACAAUAAUAAUAAUAAUAUAAAUAAUAGUGGGAUGAUGCCUCCACGACCAUCACAAUAUUCAAAUAAUUUAAAUUUAAAUCCUUUGUCAACAUCGGUACCACCUCCUGCAUUUUCUUCAGACACACAAGGAAUGCCGAAUAAAAAUAGUAUAACCAGUAAUUUCAAUAAUAAUAAUAAUAAUAGUAAUAAUUCCUUUUCGAAUUUUAACUCACAUAUGAACCAGGCAAAUUUACCCCCACCCAAUCCUUCUGUUAUGAAUCCAAGUAAACCUGUGGGAACAACGUAUGGUUCGAUAUCUGGUGGAUACAACGUCCCACAUGCACCCAAUAUGAUGAACGAUUCAAAUGUAAAGCCACAAAAUCAGCAAUAUGGAUACUCAAAUUAUAAUGUGCCACCAGGACAAAAUACACAUAUGAACAAUUGA